UUUUUGUGUAGAAGGAUUCAUAGGUAAACCUAGAGAAAUGGUAAAUAAAGUCUUGGAUAAAAUUCAAAUGGAUAAAUUUUGACAUGAUUUUUUAUUGAACACCUGGAACAGGAUGAUUUCAUGUUUUUGGUAACCUAAAUAUUUUGAUUCCAAAAUUUUCUUCUGUACUAACAACUAAAUUCCUGCUACAAUUGUCAAAUUUACUUGAAAGAGCAAUUUAACACCAUGCCGUUAACAUUGGAAUUGUCGGACAUUCAAUCUGAAUUAAACGUCUGCUUAUCUGUCAAGAAAAAAUCAGCCCCUGACUCAGAAGAUGCAGAUGCAGAAGUAUCUGGGAGAUCUCUACCCUGCGAGAAGACUUCAAGCAAAGAUGGUGGCUUCAUUUCGGCCAUGUCAGUGAAAGACCCCAUCUACAAGAACGUGGGACCAAUGGCCCACAAGUAUCUCUCCACCAAGGUCGACUUUCCCUACGGAAUUCACUACGAAAAACAAACAGAUCGUACUAGGGCGGCAAUAUGGCUGCAAAAGCUGCGUGGUAUCACAAAUGAUGACCAGAAGAAGUUGAGAAACGAGCAUCUGAAGCUGCUGCUGUUUGCCCUGCAUCGACGGAGUAUGCUCAGUGUCUUCGAGAAGCCGCCACCCGAGGAACUCGAGUCAUUCCACGAUGGACUCACGCUACUGGAAAUGACUCGGGAACUGAUCGAGUUGACUGAAAAAAAGCAUGCCGGAGGAGAUAGCACCGGUGAAUGUCCUCUGCCUCCUGUAUCAACGAACGUAUCAGCUGAUCUGAAGGAAUACUGUGCCUCCCAAUCAAUUCCCAAGUUUGGGGCACAUGUUUACUAUGCUGUCUCCAAUGAGCCAAUCCAGAUGUGGUCAAAGUCACCCAACUGUGUGUACCCGGCUAUUUCCGAUGUUCCAAAUCCUCUGCAAUGGGAACUCACACUGUCCAAACUUACUGAUCAUGUGCUUGAGAAACAGGCGGAGGCGGAACGUUUGGCGGCCGAAGCAGCCCACGAUGAUAAGACUGAAGAGAAGGACAAUACCCAGGUGUUGCCUAUGAUUGAUGUGGCGGUUUGCAAUGCACCUGGUUCAAACCGGUUCAAGUGGAAGCCUGACUCCAUCCUCACCCUCCAUCAGAACUAUGACUUCUCCGAUGUCGGAGUUGCCGAAGACCUGGAAGUGCAAGGCAAAUGGCAACUGGAGCUUGACGAAAUGGCUUUCAGCAUUUUGGACCACAGCCUACCAGGCAGACAGAGGGUGGUGGUUAGAGACCCCUACUACAAGGGGUUGCCUCCUGAUAUCGCUGAGAGGAGGAAUCAUGGAGUUAUCGAUGACGUGGAAGUUGAAACGUCAAGCUCUUCGAGUGGAACUGAAUCCAUUCCCGAGGCAAAUGAAGGAGAUUCCAGAAUUCCACCCUCAAAAUCUGACCCUGUGAACAAAAAUAUUGAAAAAUGCUGUAAAUGUGGCAAAAGAAAACGAUCUUCUAAGAGGAGACCCUCAGAUCCAUUGGUGCCGAGUGGGAAACGCUGUUCAAAGGUGGAGAUCGCAAAAUUCAAUGCAAAUGGUUGGGGGUGGAAGUUGGGAGGGGGAGGAAUCAAGGUUCCCGAUUUUGGUUUGGGAAAAUAUUUUGAACCUCCUAAGCUUCCCACUUUAGACAUGGGGUUCAACUGGCCCAAACUGGAGCUGGGCGCCGAAAACUCUGGGUUAGGUUCGGGGGGACUGUCCUCGUUCCCUGGGCUUGAAGACUUGCGCUCCAAGGAUUGGUUUCAGUCUCGUGAAGGUGUUCAUAUCAAGGAGUUGGAUGAUCUUUUGAUCAAGUUUAUGAUGUUGGUGGGUACGGGAGAGUCUGGGAGGGAAGAUAGGUUGCUCCUAACGGCUCGUCUCAUCUCCAAUAUGAUUGCCAUCAUAGGAAAACCUGAAGGAUGGGCGAAGUUCGUAGUUUGGCUACUUAUCAACCAACAACUGGCCGGGUUAGUGGCGUUCUACAACUACAUAAUAAACGACCUAAACACAGAACUCCACAUCCCGGGAACAAACUUCUGUGGACCUGGCACCCAGCUAGAGCAGAGAAUGCAUCAGAAAGGGAAUCACCCCUCAGAUGAAGCAUGCAAGAAGCAUGACUUGGCCUACAGGUUGUAUUCUGAAAGCGAGCCCAGGAUGCUAGCUGACAUCGAGCUUGGCUUGACCGCAUUGAAACGACUGCUGAGUCUCGAUGCUUCGGCCUUGGAGAGAUUUGCUGGCAUGAUAUUGGUGCCAGGAAUGUCGUUGAAGAUUUUCAUUGAAUUCUGUAUCAGUUUUUCGAGGGAUUAUUUGGGAGUUGGCUGAGCGGAAACCAAGAAUUAAUAGCAGAAUAGAAUGAACACAGGAAGAAUGAUUUACUAUCCAAGUUCACACACAGUACAAUAUAUUGACAACACUCAUUUACUGCUUGCUUAAUAGAGGAAGAAUAUGAUGGAAGUUGGAUUAGAUUUUCAAAUGUUAAGGAAUUCUCCUGCUCAAGCUUACUGCCUUCGUAUCAAACUUGCUUUUGACAAAUUGAAAUUCGAAAACAAAAUCUUAACAAAUAUAUUUUUAAAAUGUUGAAACUUUUAUUCAAAGCAUUAAAAAAUGUUGUAACUCACAUGAAAUUAACUGUCAAAACUUUGAAAGUCACUAACCCAUGCUCUUUGAAGAGUAAAGCUGCGUUUACACCAAAGUUAUUAACAAAAUGUUAAUACCUUAAUCCUUAUAGAUUCUAUUAGAUUGAACGGAAAUUGACAAACUCAUAUGUUCAUCAUGUGUAUUAUAAGUUAUGUUCAAUCUAAUAGAAUCUACGAGGAUUAAGCUAUUAACAUUUUGUUAAUAACUUUGGUGUAAACGCAGCUUAAGAUAUCACUAACUUGAUAAAAAUUAUCACAUUUCUCAAACAAAUAAGUUGAUAUUGAUUAUUCAUGUUUGAAAUUUGAACUUUGUAAAAAUGACUAAAUAUAAAUUACCAAUUUACAUUUGAUUUCUUUUCUUCACAAUAUGUACCUUGAAAAUUAUUAAAU